AUGUCCUCCCCAAGCAAGCGCCGCGAGAUGGACCUCAUGAAGCUGAUGAUGAGCGACUAUAAGGUGGAGAUGGUGAACGAUGGGAUGCAAGAAUUCUUCGUGGAAUUCCGAGGGCCUACUGAAAAUGAAUUGCUCGCUUGUUCAUUUGCCCUGGAGCAUCUUCGCGAUUUGGUGAAUUUAAGUACAGUAUAUCUUUUCUGUUGUAUGGGAAGAGCGGCUAUAUUUCUAAUCAAUUGUGGAUGUGUUCUAAAUUUGAUAGGUAUUUAUCAAGGUGGUGUCUGGAAGGUUAGAGUAGAACUGCCUGAUGCAUAUCCUUACAAAUCUCCGUCAAUUGGUUUCAUUAAUAAGAUUUAUCACCCGAAUGUGGAUGAAAUGUCUGGUUCCGUAUGUUUAGAUGUUAUUAACCAGACAUGGAGCCCAAUGUUUGAUCUAGUAAAUGUGUUCGAAGUCUUCCUUCCACAACUUCUGUUGUACCCAAAUCCGUCUGAUCCAUUAAAUGGAGAGGCUGCUGCACUUAUGAUGCGAGAUCACCCUGCUUAUGAACAAAAAGUGAAAGGUGAUUUGGUUCAACAUUAUCCACUAAUUGUUCUUGAUAUCGACUCUAGAGUCUCAUUAUUUAAUUCUUGCUCGCAGCAUUUCGCUACUGAUCUAUGCCUUUCGUACGCAUGCAACCUUGCAAGAUUGCAGACACAUUUUAGUUAUUUUGUUGUCUUUGUUGAUAUGGCAUGCAAUCUAAGGCAGCCAACUAUGAGUAUGUUGAUCGUACAGUCUUCCUUGGUACGUUUGUUCUGUUAUGUUGUGUAA